AUGGUUCAGGAGGAGGGCGAGGAGGAGGGAAAAAGAGGAGGGCGAGGAGGGAUUGGGCAAGGUGAGGGCGAGGAGGAGGGAAAGGAGGGAGGCGAGGAGGGAUUGGGCGAGGAGGAGGGCGAGGAGGGCAAGGAGGAUGGCAAGGAGGAGAACAAGGAGGAGAGAAAGGAAGAGUGCGAGACGGAGGCCU